GACGAUGCCAUGAUGACCUAUUGCUGGCCGCCCUUUGUUGAGCCUUUCAUGAGCGGAUGACAUUGGCAGUACUUCGAUACAUUGCGUGAAGAAGAUCAGACUUUUGCUUUUCUCUUCUACAGAUCUCGAAAGAUAACGCAGCCAAGAGCUAUCUACCCAUCAAACAAAUCAUCGCCAUGUCGAAGUUCCUCACAGGCCCCAACAUCAUCGCCGGAGCUGGCCUCACGGGCGCCAUCGUCUACUUUGCUACGAGAGAGAAUAUGUUCGAGACGCAUGGAGCACAAAACAUCGCCAACGCAUAUUCUCGAGGCGGAGGAUCCAAGACACACGCUCCAGGUGUAGCAACCAAGCUAGGUGAGCAGAGCGACGCGGAGGACACGCGAUCGCGACAGGAGAACCCCAAAGGCGUCGAUACCGAAUACUUCAAGGAGAACCACGCGUCACAAAAGUCGGAUGGACAUAAGGGAGGUGGUGCUCCGUUCGGCAAGAAGCUGAAUGAGGCCGCAUAUGGCCACGAGGGUGGUAAAUAAACGGAUCUUCGAUUGCCUUGUGUUCUGAGCGGAAUCGCAUUGCAGGCCGGUCGGCGUUCGAGGUUCAAAAGCCACCAAAAAAGAGACAGAUGCAUAUUCAACAGCCAGGAAAAUGCCAGAUUCGAUGAUCCAGGCGGCAUUUCCGG